AUGGCGUCAAGAGGUGCUGUCCUCCCUCUAUUGAGGAGAGAAUUACAAUGCUCCCCUCGAAUCACCAGAGCUUUCUCGUCCUUCUCAACAAUCGCGCGCCCUGCUCGAGCUCCGAAAUCGAAUACUCUCACUUCUAGACGGUCGAUCCGUCAUACCGCCCUCCUGCAGGGACAGCAUCAGAUUCGAGCCUUUUCGCAAUCGAUAUCAAGAAAGCUUACAGAUGAGGAGGGCCGUUUUGAUCCUCGCCAGGUGGAACGGGAGUCGGAUGAGGUCGACGUUUGCAUUGUUGGUGGCGGCCCCGCCGGCCUCUCAGCGGCAAUUCGAUUGAAGCAAUUGGCAAAUGAAGCUGGAAAUGAGGAAUUCCGGGUAAUUCUACUAGAGAAAGCAGGAGAAUUAGGCGCACAUAUCGUUUCCGGCAACGUUCUCGAACCCACCGCAAUCGAUGAAUUAUUACCAGACUGGUUGUCGGAGGACAACCCUUCGCGUUUUGAAGGUGCGACACCGGCUGGGGAUGACAAGAUGCGGUUCCUGACCAAGAAUUCUUCAUUCCCGAUUCCGGCGCCCCCACAGAUGAACAACCACGGCAACUACAUCGUUAGCUUGAGUCAGCUGACCAAGUGGCUCGGUGAGCGGGCAGAGGAGAUUGGCGUGGAGGUCUACCCUGGAUUCGCUGCCAGUGAGAUUGUCUACAACCAUGACGGAUCGGUGAAGGGUGUCGCAACGAACGAUCUUGGUGUGGGUCGCGACGGAAAGGCCAAGGACUCGUUUGAGCGGGGAAUGGAAUUCCAUGCGCGCGUUACGCUGCUUGGUGAGGGUUGCCACGGAAGCUUGACGAAGCAGGUCAUCAAGACGUUCGAUCUCCGGCGCGACAGCCAGCCGCAGACGUAUGGUCUGGGUGUGAAAGAAGUUUGGGAGGUUCAACCAGAGAAGUUCCGACCGGGUGAGAUCGUGCAUUCCAUGGGAUACCCGCUCCCCUCGGACACCUACGGUGGGUCGUGGAUGUACCACUUUGGUGACAACAUGGUCAGCAUUGGGUUGGUUGUUGGACUCGACUACCCGAACCCGUAUCUGUCGCCCUACGGUGAAUUCCAGAAACUCAAGCACCACCCGCUUUUCAAGGAAGUUCUGGAAGGCGGAAAGUGCAUCUCGUACGGCGCCAGAGCUUUGAACGAGGGCGGUUUCCAGUCGAUACCCAAGUGCGCUUUCCCCGGUGGUGCUCUUAUCGGUGAUUCGGCUGGAUUCUUGAACGUUCCCAAGAUCAAGGGUACCCAUACGUCCAUGAAGUCGGGCAUGUUGGCGGCAGAGGCAACCUACUCGGCCCUACAGGGCGAGACGCCUGGCACCGUGUUCCUCUUCGACUACGAAUCCGCGCUUCGGAAUUCGUGGAUCUGGAAGGAGCUGCAUGCAGUGCGUAACAUGCGUCCGUCGUUCAGCACCCCGCUCGGUCUCUACGGAGGUAUCAUGUACUCUGGUCUAGAAGCCUACGUUCUCCGUGGUAAAGGACCCUGGACCCUUAAGCACCACAGCACCGACGCUGCCGCCACCAAGGAGGCAUCGCAAUGCCAGAAAAUCGAAUACCCCAAACCCGACGGCGUUCUCAGCUUCGACAUCAUGACCAGCGUCAGCCGGACCGGAACCAACCACGAGGAAGACCAACCGGUGCAUCUGCAAGUGAAGGACUGGGAUAAGCACAAGGAUGUCGCGUGGCCCAAGUACAAGGGAGUCGAGAACCGGUUCUGUCCUGCCGGUGUGUAUGAAUACGUUGAGGACCCGAGCAAGGAGCACGGUGUGCGGUUCCAGAUCAACGCGCAAAACUGCAUCCACUGCAAGACUUGCGACAUCAAGGUGCCGACACAGGACAUUAACUGGCAGACGCCUCAAGGUGGUGAGGGACCGAAAUACUCAUUGACAUAG